AUGCCAUUAAAGGUGGGGCUCUUUAAUAAUAUCUACUGUUAUUCUUUACAGCAGGGGAAGCAGACCCAGCUUCUUCAUGUGUUUGAGGAGGAUCUGAUACUCGGCAGUGAGAGAACGGAGGACACACAGGAAACCCCUGAUUCCCCUCACACUGCCUCAAGCGACACAGCCUUCUCCGCACGUUUCUUCCUUGUUGUGGUUGAAUUGACCCCGACAGGUCGCUCACUCCUCCACAUGUGGCAUCUUCAUCUCGCUGCCCGACCCAUCACCACGGAAGAGACCUCGACGAAGAACGAUGCCAGCUCAGCUUCUGAUAUGAACAGCUCUACGUUUAGCUUUGACACGUUUGGUUCUCCAGUACCUCAGAAGAGUAAACCCUGCACUUCAAAUCUGCAGAGUGCCUGUCGCCUCAGCCUCACAACACACAGGCUCUACAGCCAAGAGAUGGCUCUGCCAGAAGGGGUGGAGGCCAUCAGUGUGACUCCUUCAGCAGGUCACCUGAGCGCAUCAUGCUCUCUGCCAGCUGAUCGUCUGCCUUACCUGCUCGCUACUUCCUGUUCAGAUGGAAAGGUGCGUUUCUGGAGGUGUACAGUCAUGGAGCCUUCAAGUAUGGACAACCUGCUGUACCAGUGGGAAGAGUGGCCUCUGCUGGUGGAGGGAAUGCUUCCUAACAGCAGCGCAGUGAGCGUGCAAGGUCAUCCCAUAGAGGUGAGUUGCUGCCACUCGGGACGGAUUGCAGUCGCCUACAGGCAGACACCAAACUCCCCUCUCAACUCAACACCUUACCUGAACUCUCAGGCACUUUUGACUUGUCCUCCUACUCUGGCCUCCUCCCCUUUUAUAAACAGUACCAACACCCACAUGACCCCAACUGUGACUGUACAGCACAGCCCAAAUCUCACCCCCAGCCCCAACCAAGCAAACACCAAUGAGCCACUGGUCCACAUCAGCAUCUUUCAGUGCGAGUCCACUGGUGGCUCACAGUGGAUUCUAGAGCAGACCAUAGUCCUGGACAGCACAGAAAGUGCCAAUAUCCCAGGUGCCAUGGACUGUCCUAUACCUAACCAGUACUGUCCUGCCUCUAGUAGUGCGAGUCUGGUUCAUUUGGACUGGGUCUCGCAAGAAGACGGGUCACAUGUCCUCACUGUUGGUAUCGGCACGAAGAUUUAUAUGUACGGCCGUCUCUCUGGGAAACCUCCAGAACUGGGUUUGUCAUCAGAGGCCAGUAGAGACCUGAGCUCGUCCCGCCUGGUUCUGCUGCGCUCAGUCAAUCUGGUCUCCUCUGUGGAAGGCUCCUUACCCAUUCCUGUGUCCCUCUCCUGGGUGAGAGAUGGCAUUUUGGUAGUAGGCAUGGACUGUGAGAUGCACGUCUACUCCCAGUGGCAGCCCCCGGCCCCAUUGAAAGCCAGCGUUGCCCAGGACACAGACAUGAGCAGCAGCGUCUCCUCCAUCAUCUCUGCUGUCAGACAGAGCCAGGAGGAGGGGCUCAGCUCUGGGGCCCCCAUGUCUACACUGGCCCCUCCAAAAAGGGCCCUGACGAGAUCCAUGAUGAGUCUUGCUCAGAAACUCAGUGGGAAGAGAACAGCUUACGACCUGCCGCUGGAGAAGGAAGAUUCUGGGCUUUUUGAAGCAGCUCACCAACUCUUUCCCACUCUGCCCCAGUACCACCCUGUACAGCUGCUGGAGCUCAUGGAUCUCGGGAGGGUUCACCGUGCCAAAGCCAUCCUGUCCCAUCUGGUGAAAUGCAUUGCUGGAGAAAUUGUGGCUCUUAAAGACAGUACGACCAACCCUGAGAAACGCCUGCGCUCUCGAACCAUCAGCGCCGGAGGCAGCACGGCCAGAGACUCCAAACUGUUCAGCAAAGCAGAGAACUCCCCCCCUGACUACACAGAGAUAAGCUCCAUCCCUCCGCUGCCUCUCUACGCCCUGCUGGCAGCCGAUGAUGAGGACACGUCACCUAAACCUGACAAAGUGAGCAGUGUGAGUGGAGACAGUGGGCACGGUUCUAGUCACGCUGAUGUCUAUGAUGAGCUCUUUCAAGCGCCCAGCAUCGUGGAUCUGGACCCUCUGGAAGAUGAUCAAGAGGAAACGGGAAACAAGGUUAUUGACCUGUCGCAGUACAGUCCGACAUUCUUCGGUCCAGAGCAUGCUCAGGUUCUGUCCAGUCACCUCCUGCAUUCCAGUUUGCCCGGACUGACCCGUAUGGAGCAGAUGUCUCUCAUGGCGCUGGCCGACACCAUCGCCACCACAAGCACAGACCUCAAGGACAGCCAAGGCAAGAGUAAAGGUGGUGAGACGCUGGAUGAGUGCGGUCUGAAGUUCCUGCUCGCCGUCAGACUCCACACCUUCCUCUCUACCUCGCUGCCUCCAGCACACCGAGCACAGCUGCUACGGCAAGGCCUAUCAACAUGUCACUAUGCCUGGGCCUUCCACUCCGAGGCUGAGGAGGAGCUGCUGAACAUGCUGCCUGCUCUACAGAAGGGAGAGCCCACCUGGCCGGAGCUGCGCUCCAUGGGCGUGGGCUGGUGGCUGCGCAGCACCAACAAGUUACGCAAGUGUAUAGAGAAGGUUGCCAAGACUUCUUUACAGAAAAACAAUGAUCCUCUGGAUGCAGCUAUAUUUUACCUCGCAAUGAAGAAAAAGGCAGUGGUCUGGGGAUUGUACAGAUCUCAGAGGAAUGCCAAAAUGACAGAGUUCUUCCGCAACAACUUCAGUGAGGACAGGUGGAGGAAGGCAGCUCUGAAGAACGCCUUUUCUCUGUUGGGGAAGCAGCGGUUCCAGCAUUCUGCAGCCUUCUUCCUUCUAGCCGGCUCUCUAAAGGAUGCUGUGGAGGUGUGUAUAGAGAAAAUGCAGGACCUACAGCUUGCACUGGUGAUCUCCAGAUUGUAUGAGUCCGAGUUUGAAACAGCAUCCACCUACAAAAAGAUCCUCCGGAGAAAUGUUCUGGGACAAGACAAGCAGAUUCCCGCCCAGAAGGAUCCGUUCGUGCGUAGCAUGGCUCACUGGGUCCUGGAGGACUACAGCAGAGCGUUGGACACUCUCCUCGAGCAGCCUGCUGACAGAACCAGCUCCCAGUCCACGGAAAGCAAAUGUGACACCGGCUCCUCUUCAGUGUCUGUCUGUAACCCUGAGGUUUUCAACUUUUACACCUACCUUCGAACCCACCCACUCCUCCUUCGCCGCCACUUUGGCUCCUCGGAGAAGGCUAAAGUUGGACUGACCGCUGAGCGCCGCAGGGCAGACUCCAUCAGCCUGGAGGAGAGGAGACUGUUUUUCACAGCUGCUUACGCACACCUUCAGGCUGGGUGCCCCAUGCUGGCACUUGAAGUCCUCUCCAAGAUGCCCAAAGUCCGCAAGCAUUCCAAACUCCCACACCAUGAGGGUGCAGGCAUCGCGGCUGAACUCAGCGUUGGGAGCAAAGAUGGACAAGGUUCAGAGCAGGACUGGUCUCAGUCGGCUCUGAACGGCUACGAGUCAGACAGGAACAGCUUGUGCAACAGCCACUCAGAUUCAGUGUUGAGUUUUGACUGGACCGGCCAGCCGUCGAUGACACAUCCUGAUGAAACCCUGGAGCUGAAAUGGGAGAGUGACAAAGAUGAUGAAGAAGAUGAGGAUGAAGAAGAAACAAAAAAUGGUAAGAGUGGCAGAACUGAAGACGGCAGCAGUGUGUUUCAGGAUGCGCAGGAUGCCAUGUCGCCGCUCAUGGAGACUGUGCCAGGAGAGGAGAGUGAGGAUGACUUCCUCGCUCCUUCUAAUGACAUCUUGGCGGCCCAUCUGAAGUUUACCGCCUGCCUGAAGAUCAUGACCAAUGAGCUGCGGACACUGUCCACGGGCUAUGAACUGGAUGGAGGGAAGCUACGUUACCAGCUCUACCAGUGGCUAGAGAGAGAGGUCGUGGCUCUCCAGCGCUGCUGCAGCUACAAGCCCUGCUUGCCAGAGCUGUCUGUCUCCGGGCUGGGCGAGGAGGAACAGCCGGGGAGCCCUCGUGCUGACAUCCAGAGGAGCAGGUGGCACUGGCUGCAGAGCAACCAGCCCCUACUGAGGAUGUUUCUGAGCUACUGCAGUUUACAUGGCUCCCACGGAGGAGGACUGGCCUCUGUGCGCAUGGAGCUCAUUCUGUUGCUUCAAGAGUCUCACCAGGAUGACUCCCUGCAAGCGGUGAUGCCAUGUUGCCAACCAACAUCCAUCCCCCUCCUGAUGGCCUGCACGGCAAACGUAAAGACGGUGGUGGCCAAUCCCAUCGUCUACCUGACCAACCUGGCUCAUGACAUCUUACAGACCAUCAAUUCACUGGACUCUCCUCCACACCCUGAUGUUGUCAACAAUGAGAUCUACGUGAUGCACACAUUGGCUGCCUCCCUGUCCGCCUGUAUCUAUCAGUGUCUGUGUGAUGGACACACCCACAGCCAUGUGAACCACUUCACAGGAAUCGUGUAUCAGAGUGUUUUGCUAUCUCAGAAGCAGCCUGCCCGAACCGUCAGCAUGGACGAGUCCGUUCAGCCCAACACCCCCCCCGCACAGUGGCCAGGUAUCGCCUCCCUGAUUCGCCUGUUGAGCUCGGCAGGCGAGGAGAGCCAGCCAGGCUUAGCUGUGCUGCUCUGUGAGAUCGUGACUGCUGUCUUCCUCAGUCUAUUUGUUCACGGCAUGGCCACUCACUCAAGCAACGAGCUGUUCCGCAUCGUGGCCCACCCUCUCAACAGCCAGCUUUGGGUGUCAGUGUUCGGAGGAGGCGCUCGGACCCCUGUCAUAGAGAAACCCACCAGCCCCACAAGAACACCGCCACCAGCCUCACCAAGCGGCUCAGACAGGAAGUCCAGACGGUUCAGACUCCUGUCCUCACGCAGCGGAUCCAAGGACGAGUUGGGGAUAGAGCGUGAGGGCCCAUCCAGUCCCAAGCACAGCCCUGUAGUGGAACAGGAAGCUACCUCCAUCUUUAAAGAACGGUUUAUCCCUCCAGAGCUCAGCAUUUGGGAUUACUUCAUCACCAUGCCUUCACUGCCACAAUCAGAGAACCAAAUUGAAUACGACUCGGAGGAGAGCCAGGACAGUCAAGAUGAAGAGGAAGAUGAUGAUCAAUAUGAAGAUGUGUUUGACCCCAGCUCUCCGCACAGAGAGCAUUCAAACCACAACUCAUACAGUUGGUGUUUGAUGCGUCUGGCAAUGGUUCAGCUGGUGUUGGUCAACCUCAAAACCUUUUACCCAAUGGCAGGAUAUGAUCUAUUAGACCUGCCUGUGUGCUCUCCUCUGUGUCACGCUGUGCUGAAGACGCUGCAGCGCUGGGAGCAGGUGCUGCAGAAAAGGCUGGAGAUCUUCGGGGGCCCCCCUUCAAAGUACAUCUCCACCACCCCCCAGGAUGAAACCACGGCGCCUGGUCCCGCCCUGCUCAGACACAAGGCCCUGUUCGAGCCUUCCAACACCCCAUUCAGGGGCUUUAAUAAGUUGUAA